CACGUUUGCCGGAUUACCGACCGGCGAUACCCGCUGAUCAACUGCCGCCCGAUCCGGAGCACUCGCGCACCCGCGAGGAGCUGCGAUGGGUGCCGGCGAUGACGCUCGACACGGACCUGCUGAUGUACCUGCGCGCGGCGCGCUCGAUGGCCGCCUUCGCCGGCAUGUGCGACGGCGGGUGUCCGGAGGACGGUGCGAACGCUGCUAGCCGCGACGAUACCACGAUCAACGCGUUGGACGUGCUGCACGACAGCGGCUACGACCCGGGGCGGGCGCUGCAGGCGCUCGUCAAGUGCCCGGUGCCCAAGGGCAUUCAUCAGAAGUGGUCCGAGGAGGAGACGAAGCGCUUCGUCAAGGGCCUGCGACAAUUCGGCAAGAAUUUCUUUCGCAUUCGCAAGGAUCUCUUGCCUCACAGGGAUACACCUGAAUUGGUAGAGUUUUACUACCUGUGGAAGAAGACGCCGGGGGCAAACAACAAUCGGCCGCAUCGGCGCCGCCGACAGGGCUCCCUGCGGCGCAUACGCAACACGCGAAACAGUAGAGGGGGUAAUAAUACGCCACCUACUUCAGGUGACUAUUACGUUUUCGAAAUACUUUUUCCAUGAGCCGCCGCUGCGCUUUCAUUU